AGCUCCAUUAAAUCCCAUGAGCUAUGAACGAGCAACCUUUGAGCAAUAAAAUUAGCCUCUGGGACUGGAUUGAUUUUUUUUCCCCCUCACAACCACCAGCACAGGAGCAAGGUAUCCAUAAAAGAUAAUUAAACAAACACACACAUCUCUGAAGUUCACUGCAGGUUUUUAAGGUGCGACUGCAAUAUGGAUCGGUGACAUGAGCCGUUGAUGUGCCAGGUUGAAUUUGCGUGAAGGUCUGAGCUGUUGAGUGUCAUCCAUCUUUGCUCCUGUCUGCACCGUAAUGAUGUCUGUCAGGCUGCAGCAGAGGAAGAGAACUGAAGAUGGUUGGAGAAGGGAGGAGAGACCACGGUUCGGGAACAAUAGGUCAUAUCUGAGGAUUUUACUAAAUGAGUCACUAAUUGUUCCUGCCCACCAGUCCUGCACUGCAUAAUGAUUUAUGAAAGAAAGGCUGUAUGCAUGAAGUAGGCUGAGGGAAAUCAUGCAAGAUUUAGCACGUUUCUUCGAUGACCUCCAUGUGGAAGAGUGCCAGUGAAUUCCUCUGGGCUUUUGUGCUGUGGUGUUCGUACAGUGAAGUAGGACACUUUCACCUUCAGAAUGAGAACUGAGCAUUUCCAGUUCAACCACAGCUGAAACUGCACAACACGAAUCCUGCACUUCACGAGUGAAAAAGGCUCAUGUCAUCAGAAAUUGUACAGCACAUGGAGAGUGACUUUUAUGACUUUGAGAUGAACUGCGGUCUGCUGCUGCUUCAGACAGGCGAUGCAUCCUCUAUAUACUAUUGUGAUUAAGCUUCUACCAGCUAAAUAGUAUAAUGAUAAAUGAUUUCAGUGGAACAUGCGGAAGAGUGUCAGGGAGCAUUCAUAACCCUGCAACAAAAUCUCACCUUUUUCAUACAAAAAGAAGACCGCUCUGACAGUUGCCGUCAAGCUGCAUGCAAAUGCCUCGACGUUCUGCAUUUCUGCCUGAGGUACCAUCGCUAAUGGCUGCGAGGCCGUUCGAGAUCUACAGCUCCAAGUGCACGUAAAUGCAUCACAAUGCCUUCAAAAGUGUCAUGCCUCUACGUGUUGACGGUCGUUUGCUGGGCCAGUGCUCUGUGGUACCUAAGCAUAUCCCGUCCCACGUCAUCCUACGUGAGCCAACUCUCCGUUCCGGCGCGUAAAACGCCAAAAGCGCACAAGAACAACGCCACCACGACCUUUGGAAACAUCCGUACGCGUCCACUGAACCCCCACGCCUUUGACUUCAUCAUCAACGAGCCCAAGAAAUGCGAAACCAACGUGCCCUUCCUCGUCAUUCUCAUCACGACCACGCACAAAGAGUUCGAUGCCCGCCAGGCCAUCAGGGAAACGUGGGGCGACGAAAGCACCUUUAGCGACCUUCGCAUCAUCACGCUGUUUCUUCUCGGACGCAGCACGGACACUGUGCUCAACCAGAUGGUGGAGCAAGAGAGCGAGAUCUUUCACGACAUCGUAGUCGAGGACUUUAUCGACUCGUACCACAAUCUCACCCUCAAAACACUGAUGGGAAUGCGCUGGGUGGCCACGUUCUGCAACCAAGCCAAGUACGUGAUGAAAACGGACAGCGAUAUCUUCGUUAACAUGGACAAUUUGGUGUAUAAACUCUUGAAGCCAGCCACCAAACCUCGACGGAGGUACUUCACAGGAUACGUCAUCAACGGCGGACCCAUUCGGGACAUGCGCAGCAAGUGGUACAUGCCCAGAGACCUUUACCCCGAGAGCAAGUACCCGCCGUUUUGCUCCGGUACCGGGUACGUGUUCUCGGCGGACGUCGCGGAGCUCAUCUACAAGACUUCCUUGCACACCAGACUCUUGCAUCUGGAGGACGUUUACGUCGGGGUGUGUUUGAGGAAGCUAGGCAUCCACCCGUAUCAGAACAGUGGCUUCAAUCACUGGAAAAUGGCCUACAGUCUUUGCAGGUACCGGCGAGUCAUUACCGUGCACCAGAUCUCCCCCGAGGAGAUGCACCGCAUCUGGAACGACAUGACCAGCAAGAAGCAUCUCAAGUGUUAGUGGGAGAUGCCUGAGGAUGUGUAUUUGUGCCCUUUUUUUAAUCCCCAGAUGCACAGAUGUGACACAGAGCCUUGGGACGACUGUAGUUCUUUCUUAGAAGACACUAACAAACAUCCUUCUGGGGCAUUUCAAGGAUUUUCAAACACGCCGAGCCCAUUGUUUGAGAAUCAUUUGGGGAUUGUGCUAUUGGUGUUCAUAUUAUAACUGUGCCAGUUUGUCUAAAACUAGUGAAGGCAUUUCUUUUGGUUCGGAUGCACAGCAGAAUCGUUCACUUUUCUUUGCACAUUGCUCUGGUUGUACAAAAACGAACGUUUCAUUGCUUUGUUUACUGUACGUGAAAGCGCCUGCAUUGAUUGUUUACGUGUUAAAGGAGAAGUUCACUUCCAGAACAAAAAUUUACAGAUAAUGUGCUCACCCCCUUGUCAUCCAAGAUGUUCAUGUCUUUCUUUAGCCGUAAAGAAACUGUUUUCUGAGGGAAACAUUUCAGCAUUUUUCUCCAUAUAAUGGACUGAUAUGGUGCCCCGAUUUUGAACUUCCAAAAUGCAGUUUAAAUGCAGCUUCAAUAGAUCCCAAAUGUGGUUGUAAACAAUCCAAGCCGAAA